AUGAUGCAUAUCAUCAUUGUCGGCGCCGGUCCAGCAGGCCUUGCAGCCGCCCUCGCACUCUCCCAAACAACCAUUCAAGGCUCACCACCUCACAUCACGAUUCUCGAGCUGCGCCCGAAAGUCGAAACCCUCGGAGGAACUCUUCUGUUGACGCCUUUGGCACUACGCUACCUCGAUACACUUGGCGUCGGAUCACGAUUACGGAAGCUGGGUAUCCCGAUCCGCGGUAUCGACGUAGUGUCUCUUCGAACGGGCCAUAGGCUGGGCGUGAUGUUACCAGGAACAGAUGGGCUGAGAGUGAUGAGGCAUCAUCUCGUGCAGUGCAUGGCGGAUGCAGUUGCUGAAUUGCCGAAAGACCUGGUCACCUUACGAUAUAGUGCGAGGGUCACCGACAUACAACAGGUGGACGACCAAGAAGAUGAUGAGGGAACUGUUCGUGUUGAUGUUCAAUUUGAUGCUGACAAGUCGCAAGAUUUCAUCAGCUGUGAUGUUCUGCUUGGAUGCGACGGUAUACACUCUUUCGUUCGGUCCACGGUUGUCGAUCGUGAACGGAAGAAGACAUAUUCCGGUCGUGCCAUCGCUUACGGAUACGUCGACAGUGAUUCUAUUGGACAGAUUGGUGCCACGAAAUUGGGUGAGAAGCCAAUCCUCCGGGAUUCUACCAUGAUUCAAGGUCAGCAUGGAUCGUUCUUGAUGACCUACUUCGAGCCAUUGCGGGAGAAGGUAUACGCUCUAGCUAUCAUGCCAAUGGCAGAGAACCAAGACUCAAGGGAAGGAUGGAAGGCUUUAGGGGAAGACAAAGUCACACUCAAACGGGAUAUCAUUGGUCGCUUCAAGGAUGGCGGUAUCAAAGGUUUAGAGCUUCUCAUUAACGAAAGCGACUGGUACUUCUAUCCUGUCUAUAUACUUCCUCCUGGGGGAAAAUGGAGCCAGGGGAGAGUGCUUCUUCUUGGGGAUGCCGCUCAUGCUAUGCCACCACAGGGCGAAAGCACAGGUAUCGCAAUCGAAGACGGUGUCCUGUUCGCCCACGUGCUUAGCGAGGGGAUAAAAAAGGGCGUCCCUUAUGUGAUGGAAGCCUACGAGGCCUUGAGACGGGAUGAUAUUAAGAAGCUGUACGACGAGACGAUGUUUCGCUGGAAAGCUGGAGGCUCGUCUUCGUGGCUAUGGAGCAUUUUUAUGGAAUUCGCGACUUGGGUUUAUCUUCUUCUUGCCAACUAUCGACAAGAAGAUUACUUUAAGCGGGAUGUGAGAAGCUUCAAGCUUCCGUGA